AUGAAUAUCAUAAAGAAGUUUAUGGGAGCUGGGGUCAAGGAAGAUCUAAUGUCAAUUCCAUCCGGUCAAUUUGAUCUCCUACGCUCAAGCGCAUCGCCAAAAGCAUCCUUGGAGUGUAUAUAUAACGAUGCAAUUCUAAUCAUAAGGGAAACUGGGCAAUUCCAAUACGAAUUGGUAGUUAGGAGGAAUUCUGAUGCGGAAGAAAGUCCUAGUGGAGAUUCAAGUGAUGAUUAUUCGGACGAUACGGCCAGUAUAUUGUCUAGCCAAUCCAAGAUAACUAGCGAUGAAUGGGUCUUCCCACUCAGUGAGUCUUUGAAAUUUUACAAAAACUGGAACGAUAACGGUAAAAUUACCUUUGUUUGGAAAAAUACCAUAGGUGAUGAAGAUGACGAAAAGGUCCAGUUUGUAUUAUCGCCUGAAAUGCCAAUGACUGAAGCUGACCAAUUCCUUCUUCUCAUUCACCGAUGUCAAUAUGAAACUAAGUUCAAGAAAUCUUCUGUGAAAGCUUCAGCUGAUGAUUUGGCCCAAUUUGAAACUAACGAGCUGGGUAUAACUGUAGAAAACACUGAUUUGGUUGGGGAGCUUGAUGCGUUGAAUAUAACUUCCGUGGAUGAGACGGAAGAAUUCCAGGAUGCUAAAGAUACAGUAGACUCAAAUCAACAUAAUGACGGUAGUUGUAAUUCACGAGACAACCCUCUAGUCACCUUAGAGGAUUCAAGAACACCAUCACCACUUACUAAAGUCCCGGAAGGAGAAGAGCAAUGCCGUUUACUGGCAAGUAUAUAUCUUUAUGAUCCUAUCCAGGAAACUUUCAUUUUACAGGAUGAUAGAGUUAAGGUGUGUAUAGUUGAGACUGGAAGAUAUGAGUUUUGGCUUGCCAUUGAAGGUGAAAAAGUAAAAUUGGGUACGGAUAUCUCUCCAUCCAUUAAUCCCACUUUUGAGUUGUUGAAUUCUUCAUUUAUUUUCAAUUAUUACUUUAAUAGCGUUGUGUUAUCAUAUACCAUCAAAUUUUCUACUUUAAAGAAAUGCAUUGAAUUUCAGUCGAUCUGGUCUAAAUGUCUUUGGAUGACUUUACAUAAGCAAGAAUGGGAGAAAGUUUCUGAGAAUGAAAAAGAAUACAUUCUUCAUGCUACAACGGCUCCUAUUGAAGAACGUUUAGAUGAAAUCCUUGCUGUAGACAAUGGAAACGAAAGAAAUGAAAUAGAAGAUGAUGAAGAAGAAGAAGAAAGUGAGAACGAAGAUGACGAUUCUGAAUAUUCUAAAACAAUUAUAGGUUCUGAAAGUUUCGAUGAAGGAAGGGCAAAAAGCACAGCAUCUCUUGAUACUAAUAAAUCUCUGACAAUUGCGUUUAAGAACAACAGAUCGUAUGUUGUGAGAGGUAAUAAGAUAGGUGUCUUUAAAACGGAUGAAGAUGACGAUCUAGAGUUCGUUACAGCCAUUAAAAGUGUUUCCACCCUAGACGGUAAAACGUUAGAUCCACGUAACCCAAUGCUAUAUAUGGGCGAUCGGUCUAUGAUAUUAUCAGAUAGCUCUACUAAAAACAAGCUGUAUAAAAUGGAUCUUGAGAGAGGUCAAAUCGUUGAAGAAUGGAGUACAGGUGAUAAGAAUCUGGUGCAGUACGGUCCAACCAAGAAAUUUGAUCAACUGACUGCGGAACAAACGCUCUUAGGUAUCUCUCAGAAGGGGCUUUUCAAAAUUGAUCCAAGAAUAAAUACCUCUAAUAAAGUUGUCCAAGAACAAUCAAAGGACUACGUUACAAAAUAUAAAUUCAGUUCCCUGGGGACUACUGAAAGCGGUUAUAUUGCUGUCGGGUCGGAAAGGGGAGAUAUAAAAUUAUAUGAUAGAUUGGGUAUAAGAGCCAAAACAGCUAUUCCAUCAUUAGGUGAACCUAUUAAACAUCUUAUAGUCUCAGCUGAUGGUAAAUGGCUACUGGCUACAUGUGAUAGGUCACUCCUACUGUUAGAUUUGACUGUUAAAACAGGGAAGAAUAGCGGCAACGUUGGUUUCCUCAAACCGUUCCCAUCUUCUGAGGUUGUGAAGACUUAUAUUUUAAAGAUUAGCCCGGAGCAUACAAGUUAUAUCUCAACAUUUACUAAGAAACCUGUUAGUUUUUCAAAAGCUUAUUUCAAUACUGGUGUUGGUAAGCAGGAAGAGAUGAUUUUGACUUCCACUGGGCCGUUUGCGGUGUCGUGGUCUUUAAAGAAAGUCAUAAGAGGUGAUAAGAAUCCGUACGUUAUAAGAAGAUAUGAAAAUGAUAUUGUCGAAGAUAACUUUGAGUUCGGAACGAAUAAGAAAGUCAUAGUCGCUUUGAAAGACGACGUCUCUCUUUCAAAAAUUAAAUCAUUCAAGAAACCUAAUAAAGAUGUAUUGAUGCCAAAGAGCUCAUUAAAAGAUUUCUACAAAUAG